AUGUUCUCCCGCACCAUUGCUACCAGAUUUGCUACCAGAGCUGCCCCAGCGGUACGCGCAGCGCCCGCGUUGAGACUUGUCGGUCAGCGAGCGUACGCAACAGCCAAGAAUGCGCCGCUAGCUGAGAAGCUCUCUGUCAACGGUGACAGACUCUGGGAUGACAUCCAUUAUACAGCACAAUGGAGCGCGCCUUCUCCAGGAGGCGUAAGCCGCCUGUGUGCGGACGAGAAUGACAAGAAGGCACGAGACUGGUUCAAGGAGCAGGUCCUCGCGCUGGGUGCAGACUACAAGGUUAAUGCCACCGGCACACAGUUCGCCUUGUUUGCGGGCGAGGACAACUCCAUCCCACCCAUCGCCAUGGGUAGCCAUCUGGAUACUGUCGCCACUGGUGGCAGAUUUGAUGGCCCGCUCGGAGUCAUUGGAGGUCUCGAAGUGGUGCGGAGCAUGAAAGAGCAAGGCAUCAAGCCGCGGGCGCCCAUCGUCCUCAUCAACUGGACCAACGAGGAAGGCGCGCGGUUUUUCCCCCUCCUGGGCUCCAGCAUCGUGUACGCUGGUCGCUCCACCGUGGAGCAAGCGCACGCAGCCACCUCCAACGACGCAUCGGCGGCGACGAUGGGCUCGGAGCUGGCCAAGAUCGGCUACGUGGGCGACGGGCCCAACACGUUUGAAGAAUUCCCCAUCUCGGGCCACUUUGAGAUCCACGUGGAGCAGAACACGGACCUCGAGAAGGCGGGCAAGCCGGUCGGCUGGGUCGAGGGGUGGGAGGGCAUGACGUGGUACGACGUGCACCUGGAGGGCGAGGACGGGCACGCCAACACGUACAACAUGAAGCGACGCAAGGACGCGCUGGUGGGCGCCUCCAAGAUCGUGGUCGAGCUGGAGAAGCUGGCGUACGACCACAACGGCCGCACCACCGUGACGGGCCUGCACAGCCGACCCUGGGGCGCCUGCAACAUCCAGUCCAAGACCAAGACCACCUUCUGCCUCAUGCACAAGGACGGCGCCGCCCUCGAGAAGAUGGGCGAGUCCAUCAUGGAGAAAGUCCAGAGCAUCGCCUGGGCCCACGGCCUCGACGUCAAGACCGAGCGCACCGUCCACUUGCUGCCGGGUAACUUCUGGCCCGAGGCCAUCGACUGCGUGAAGCGUGCCUGCGGCGACAAGGGCAUGGGUUCCAGGACUCUGACCGGCCACGACUCCACCAUGACCACCACCCUCGUGCCCACCGCCAUGGUGUUCGCCCGCGCCAGAGACGGCGUCAGCCACUCGCCCAAGGAGUGGACUGACAAGGAGGACUGCGCUGAGAGUGCCCUCGUGCUCGGCCGCGCUGUCCUGAACUUCGAUGAGUACCUGAAGCAGAAGGCUUAA